GGAAAGGAGUCAGUGAGGACAGGGGACAGAGAUGAGGACAGGGAAGAGUGACAGGAACAGGGACAGGGAACAGCGAUAGGACCAAGGACCAAGGAUAGGGACGGGAGAAAGGGGCGAGAAGCAGGGACAGGAAUGAAGACAAGGGACAGGGGACAGGGAUGGGGACAAGAACAGGGACAGGGAUGGGGACCCCCGCCCCGCAGCCCCGUCCUUCGCAGGCCCUGGGGGCUGGCGGCAGGGAGACAAAGGCGGUGGGAGGCAGCGGUGUGUUCCACCCCCCUACCCCCCCCUGCCCCGCGUGUCCCCAUUGUCCGUGGCCGGGGGGAGGGAACCGGGAGGAGGGACAGGGUACCCCCCACUGCUGUGAUGCCCGGGGCGCCCGGCGCUGCCGGCGGCUCGGGGGGCUCCGGGGGGGCUCCGGGUGCGGCCGGGCGGAGCGCCCCCCUCCCCCCCACGACCGCCUGCCUUCCUCCCCCUCCUCCCCCUCCUCCUCCUCCCAUCCUCCUCCACCUCCUCCUCCUCCUCGCCGCCCUGCUGCCUGCCUGCCUGCCUCCCCGCCCCUCGCACUCGGCUCCCCGCGCCUCGCCGCCCGCACAGCCGCGGCCGGAGCGCCGGGAGCAGCGCGGGGCCGGGGCGGGGCGGGGGCCGGGGCCGGGGCCGGUGUUGGGGCCGGUACCGGAGCUGUCCAGUGCUGAGGGCGCCGGCCCGGCCCCGCCAUGCCCCGCUCCUUCCUGGUGAAGAAGCUGAAGGCGGAGGCGUUCCCGGCCGCCGGGGCCGCCGGGGCCCCCGCGCCCCCCUACGCCCCCCUGGAGCCCCCCUACGCGCUGCCCGGCCCCGCCGCCGGCGAUGGGUACCUCCAGCACUGCCUGGCACCUGCCGGCUAUGACACCGACAAGAAGCAGGGUCUGCCACCAGCACCACUGGACCCAGCCUAUGCACCCAGCCAUGAGGAGUACAGCGACCCCGAGAGCCCCCAGUCCAGCUUUUCUGCCCGCUACUUCAAUGGGGAGGCAGCGGUGACGGACAGCUACUCCAUGGACGCCUUCUUCAUCACAGACGGGCGGUCACGCCGGCGCAGCGAGAGCCAGCGCCGCGGCAGCCACCGUCACUCCUGCCCUGAGUGUGGCAAGACCUACGCCACCUCCUCCAACCUCAGCCGGCACAAGCAGACCCACCGCAGCCUGGACAGCAAGAUGGCGAGGAAAUGCCCAACCUGCGGCAAGGCUUAUGUCUCCAUGCCCGCCCUGGCCAUGCACGUCCUCACCCAUAACCUCAAGCACAAGUGUGACGUCUGUGGCAAAGCCUUCAGCCGGCCCUGGCUGCUGCAGGGCCACAUGCGGUCGCACACGGGGGAGAAGCCCUUCGGCUGCUCCCACUGCGGGAAAGCCUUUGCCGACCGCUCCAACCUGCGCGCCCACAUGCAGACCCACUCCGCCUUUAAGCACUACAAGUGCAAGCAGUGCGAGAAGACCUUCGCCCUCAAGUCGUACCUCAACAAGCACUACGAGUCCGCCUGCUUCAAGGGCUCCGAACACAGCUGUGCAAUAGGGAACUAGCCCCCCAGCCCACUGUGGCACAUCCCCAUCCCCAUCUUCAUCCCCAUCCCUGUCCUUAUCCCCAUCCACAUCCCGAUCCCAGUCCCCGCGCCAGCACUUCUGCAGCUGCAGCUGGCUGGUUUGUGGCUGUGCUAUGGCUGGAGGACACAUCCCUGCAGACUCACUCCCCACCUGGGAGGAGGGUGCCCAAGCACUCCCUGGAAUGGGCUGGAUCCAGCCGGGCCCAUAGUGGGACCCGCUUCCUUGCCCCCAGCUCCCCGAGCUCCCCCUCAGCCAGGCAGGUCUCUCUGUGGGGGACUCACCCAGGGACCUCUUCCAGACCCAGGAGAGACUUUCCUCCCCCAGCUCAUGACUUUCACCUCUAUUUAUUUAAUUUAUUACUAUUAUUUAUUUAGAGCUGCUGCUUCUCCUCCCAGGGGAUCCCAGGGGAGAAAAGACACUUUUCUGCUCCCCCCAGGAGCAAAACCUCACCUUGACCCUAACUCAGAGGGACCAUGGGCCAGUACGACUGAAGGCUCGACAUGACUGAUGGACAGUGCGGCUGAUGGGAGGGCAGGGCUGUCAGUCACCCUUGGAGGAGGGGGUCCCUGCAGACCACCACCCGGGUCCUGGGGCACCCCAAUGCCCCCCUGCUUGGCAUGGUCCCAUGGGACAUGGUCCCAUGGCACACUGCUCACUCUAGCACUGUGGCUCCACAGCCCUGGAGUCAGGGGAAAAGCAAGGGGCAUCCAGUAGAGACCUGUGGGGGACAUCUCCUGCUGGCUCCGGGCUUGGUUAGGCACGACUGGCCCCAGCCAUUGUGAUGGGCUGGGGAACAGCCUCCCCAGGCAGAUGCAGCCCCCCUCACUGUGCAAACAGCCCUGCUGGUGGCUGGGCUGGAGAUCUAGCCCUGGGGCAGCACCAAAACCCCAACUGCUCCCCACGCACCACCAGCCUCUGCCCGGAUCCCUCCGCAGCCAGCUCCAGGCCCCCUCGCCAUCGCCACCCGCCUGCGCUCAGGAGGAGGGGGUCAAUGUAGCCGUAAAGUUUGGGUGAGUCUAUUUAAAUGUUCUUAUUUAUAUACUUUAUAACUUAUGCUUUUCACUAUUUAUUUGCCAAGACUGGCAGGGCCAUGCCAGCGCUGGCUUGCAGGAGGUGGCAGAGCUGCAGCAGAGCCGCCGUGCCCAGGACACAGCCACGGUGACAUGGACAGGGACAGGACUCCGAGAUCGGACCCUGCGGUGGGCACAGAGGCAGGAGGGCACGAGCUGGCCCAGCAGCCUGGGCUCCACGCCCUGCAAGCCUCCCCAAAAGGCAAAGCCCUUCUCUUUCGUCUUCCUCGCUGCUGCAGGCUCCUGCUCAGCUACCUGCCCUGCGCCAGCCCGGUGGGGACAAACCAGCCAUUCUAUGCAACCUCCUGGCGGAGCAUCCCCGCGCCAGCCCUGGAGCGAGCGCCGCACGCGCGGCAUCCCGGAGCGGGGCCCAACCUGCGCCUCUGCUUCCUACCUCGGGCCGCGAGCUGCCAUAGCCUCAUCACCCCAUGCCGGUCCCUGACACCUUUGGGGUUCAGCCCGGCACCCUAUGGGGCCACACUCGUGUACCCCCACACUGUCUUCCUGCGCCGUCUUCCUCCCUGCACCGUCUUCCUCCCACCGCCUCGGCACCUGUGUGCUCCCCGCGUGCUGGCACGGCCAUGGCUCGCAGGCUCGACGCCUCCCGAGAACACCCCUGUCACAAUCCUCGCUGCCGCAGCAUGGUAGCCACGCACCUGCACCCCCGCGCAGGGGAAGAGCAUCGCCCCGGCCACGCAGACACCCCACCAGCGAGGACGCAGCAGUUCAGGGUUUCCCUGCAAUGCUGGCUCCUUUCCGUGGCAGCACCGCGUCCCUCGGCUGGGCAGGCAUGGAGCACUGCGCCUCUGCCCCUGUCUAUACUGUAAAUAGCAGAUACUACAGCAAUAAUUUUCCGUGCAUGAUAGAUUUUUUUCUGCCAGGUUUUGUACUCGACAGCCCCCAGUAAGACAAGUCUACUAAGUACUGGCCGCCUGCAGUAUUACUUGUAACGCAAUUCAGGGAUAUAAAAGGGAUUUCUGCCACUAA